UAGAUUUGAACGGUUGUCCAACUCGGAAUUGCAACUCGGGCCUCUCAUUUUUUUUUUAAUGGGGUAAAAAACUCGGGUCUCUUUCUAGAAUUCCGACUUGAAGAUCACGGACGUCAUUAUUUGACCUCGUAUUUCCCCAGUUGUUUUGAACGCGGCAUCAGUAUGUUCAGAAACGCUAUGCCGCUACUUUCACUUUCUUCCUGUGAGCUGAAGGUGGAGGUGCAUCACCUUGACGAACACGAAUUAUAAUAGUUAUGCUAUAUAGCGAACUAGCUAUUAUAUUUUGCCCAGUUUUGACAGACACAAGGUUUUUCCCUAGAUAACAAACGGCUUAAAACAAAAAUGGCGGCAGAAGAACCUGAUGUUACUCCGCUAGAGGGAGAAGUCGAGGAGCUUGAAGAUGUAACAGAUGCCAAACCUGACCGAAAGGGAAGAUUCCUCCUCUUUGGAUUUAAGAAGAAUAAGGAUGGCAAGACGCGGGAGCAGGACUACUCCUCUGAAAGCCAUUACAGAAUCGUUUCACCAACAUUCCAGUAUAAGAUGAGCCACCAGCGAGUGGGCAAGUGCAUCAUAAUCAACAACAAGAACUUUGACGAAAAGACGGGGAUGAAUGUACGCAAUGGCACGGAUCGAGACGCAGGCGAACUGUUUAAGUGCUUUAAGAGCCUGGGCUUCGACGUCUGCAUCUACAACGACCAGACGUGUGAGAAGAUGGAGCGUCUUCUCCGAGAGGCCUCAGAGGAGGACCACAGCGACAGCUCCUGCUUUGCUUGCAUCCUGCUGAGUCACGGUGAGGAGGGUAUGAUCUAUGGCACUGACGGAGCCAUGCCCAUCAAGAGCAUGACCUCACUCUUCAGGGGUGACAUGUGCAAGAGUCUAGUGGGCAAGCCCAAACUCUUCUUCAUCCAGGCUUGUCGAGGUUCUGAGUUCGAUGAUGGCAUACAGACUGAUUCCGGGCCCCCCAAUGAUACCCUGGAAACGGAUGCAAAUCCCAGGCACAAGAUUCCUGUCGAGGCAGACUUCCUUUUUGCCUACUCCACCGUGCCAGGGUACUAUUCGUGGAGGAACCCUGGGCGCGGCUCCUGGUUUGUCCAGGCACUCUGCAACGUCCUCAAUGAGUUUGGUAAGCAGCUGGAGAUCAUGCAGAUCCUCACACGUGUCAACUACAUGGUAGCCACCAGCUUCGAGUCCUGGUCCGAGGACCCACGUUUCAGCGAGAAGAAGCAGAUCCCCUGCGUGGUCUCCAUGCUGACCAAGGAGCUGUAUUUUAACUGACCGUCAUUGACCACAGACUGAUGAGACUAACUAAACCACGCACUAACCGAGCGGUCUCAAAAUUCAGGGUUGAUCCAGGUCCAGCAGGAUGCUGCGCGGUUUGGGAGAGAAUGCCGUUUUGCACGUGUAGCGUAGCUGGGCACAAAACAAGCUCUCCAAAUAAAUUUCUACAGUGGCACGCUGCGUUCAUGUGUUGGUGGUGAUACUUGCCUCUUCAGGUUAUUCCUAGGAAUAAUGAUGUCACAUUUGAUCUGGUUUUUGUCAACAGGCUGUGUGAAAUAUCCAUGUUAUUUUACUGACCCGGGAAAUUUGCUGCCAGUUUUGUAGGGUUGUUAAAAGGUUAGAAAUCAGUUAUCUGAAAUCUGUAAUAUCUGAAAAUGUUCUUGUUCAUUUUCCAGCUUGUCCAAAUUUGGACAUGCGUACAAGCAUUUGAUUGAUUGGCCAAGAUCCCAGCUAACACUAUUUAUGCCUCAGGGCAUUUAUUUUAGUUUUGGAGGGAAGGGGGCAUUUCUUGACAUGAAGUAGAUUACUAGAGACAUUGGCCAUGUCCGAAAACUGGCUUGCCUACUACUCAAGCUGCAUACUGUGGUACUGAUAGUACUACAUACUAUUUAGAAUGCACUGUUCAGUAAAAAUAAAUGCAGUAAGCUACACAUAUCAGCAUACUAGGCUCAUCCUACUAAGAAUGCCUAAUCUAAUGCGCAAUUGCGUUGAGUCCUGCCAUUAUCAGCUGUUGUCAGACACGUGGGUCUCGAAAGACGGUUCUUCUUCUUGUGCAGCAAAUUCUGCUAGAUGAAAAGCUGAAAUAAGUAUGACAUCUUGGCAUUUUAAAGCGUACUAAAGUUCACAUAAUAUAAAACUAAACAUUUUUGGCAUACUCAACAUGCCUUCUAUUUAGAACGCAAGUAUGGGGAUUAUAAUCCCCAAGUGUUUGGGGAUUAUUUGCUGACAUUAUACAACCACACGGAAACCAGAUCAAACAAUCCCUGUAAGGAUCCUAGUUGGUUGGGAGAGCCACGUCUCAUUAAGUGUGUAAGGACAUCAGACUAUUAGAGGGGACUUGCUUAUCGCGGCAGCAUAAUAGUUGUCGAAGAAUGUAGGCUACACGGGUCAGUACCUUAUGAAAGAUCACGGCAAUAUGCUGAAUUUCAACUGAAUCAGGAGGGUAGCGGCUGGAAAAUGUACAAUUUACAUUUUUGGCUAUUUGUCUUAAUGUUUUUAUAAUAUCAUUAAUCCUAAAAAGGGAUUAGGUCUCACUCAAAGAGCAAUCACUUGUCAUAUGAUCCCAUGUAACAGAGGUAACAAAGUCAAGUACGAAUAAUUUAACUAUUCAUACCAAGAAUGCACUCCCAGCAGUGACUGUUAAAGAUUACAUUUUACUGUCAUCCUCAGGUUUCUUUGUGAGUGAGAUUUAUUUUUUGUGGAUUUUGAGUUUCACAAUUGCCAGGAAAGAGUGCUAAUCUGUUGCAUGAAAAAAAAAAAACGUUAUGUGUUUUUUGGUCAAGGGCACAGGAAAUGUUCCAUCAUACCACAAGCAAGGAGGAUUUGAGAUUUUGCCAGUUUAUAUGUACACACAUUAAUUCAUUAGGUUGAAGAUGAUGAAGCUUGUCAGUAAACUUUAUCCACUGGAGUCAAUGUAUUUAAAAUGAGUAUACAAAACAUUAAGAACACCUGCCCUUCCCGCGACAUAGACUGACCAGAUGAAAGCUAUGAUCCCUUACUGAUUAGUUAAAUCCACUUCAAUCAGUAUAUGUGAAGGGGAGGAGACGGGCUAAAGAAGAAUUUGUAAGCCUUGAGACAUAGAUUGUGCAUGUGUUCCAUUGAGAGGGUGAAUGGGCAAGACAAAAGAUUUAAGCACCUUUAAACGGGAUAUGGUAUUAGGUGCCUUUGCACCGGUUUGUGUGAAGAACUGCAACACUUCUGUUUUUUUUUACAAGAAUGGUCCACCACGCAAAGGACAUCCAGCCAACUGGACACAACUGUGGGAAGCAUUGGAGUCAACAUGGGCCAGUAUCCCUGUGGAACGCUUUCCACACCUUGUAGAGUCCAUGCCCCAAUAAACUGUUCUGAGGGCAACUCGGUAUUAGUAAGGUGUUCCUAAUGUUUGGUAUACCCAGUAUACAUGAUCAAUAUAUGGCUUGUUAUCAAUGUCUUCUUAUCAAUGGCCAAGGAUAAUGAAACUUUUCUUUUGAAAGGCCCCUUUAUGUUGGCCUACAAAUUCACUCAUUUCGUUGCUUGUAAAAAUGAUGUAUGCCUGAAUUUGUUUGUCAAAAUGGAGGAAGUCCAUGUGAUAAGUGAACUGAAUCUGGUCUCAAAGCACAAAUGACCACAUUGUUUCACUGUAUAUCAGUGUGGUACAUUGUCAGUUAUUACCACGGUUAAAGACACCUUGCAUUGUCCUUCAAUUAAAACAUCUAAUUCAUUAACAUUUUACAUACGUGAAAUGUAUGACAGUUUAUACAACUGAAACACAAAACGUUUGUUAAAUGUUAUUCUCAUGACAAUUGAUAAAUGGUUUGAGUGUCCAACAGUCACAUACAUUUGAUCAUUAAUACCUUCAAUUGACAGCACUUUGGUGGCCUUCAAAAGCACACAUACAUAUUUAAGGUCGUCAUGGCAUAUCCACUGCAUGUUUGUCCCAAAGUCAGAAAUACUCUGUCAUCUGCAGAGGCAGCUAUUACUGGUGGUGACAAGUGUUAUCAUUCACAAUUCAUAUGUCUCAAUUCGCACACUGCAUUCUUCCAAUGUUGCUGCAACGUUCAAUUUACAGGAUUGCUUCCAUAGUUUGCUAGUAACUUUGGGAAAACAUCCGGUGCUAGCUUCGCUAUUUCCCCCCCCCCAUCUUAGUUUUAUUGCAGUCUUUUUUGUUUUUACCUGAUUACACAAUACUUCUAUGAACCACAGUAGUGAACAGUAUGCUGGCGACUGAGUAGACAUUUUACACAUACCUGUCAAUCACACAGAUGGCACUCUUGAAUCCUCUCGACACAUGAAUCUCUUAUCAGUGAUGUAGUGCCCAUUCUGUAUUGAAAGGAGUGUUAGCUCCACUUGUUUUGGAAUGGAAUUUAAGGGAAAAAUCAUAUUUUUAGAAGUAAUAUUUUUUAAAUGCUUUCUGGUGUUAAAUGCUAUUGUCCACAUUAAUAUAUUAUAAAAGAUUUGGAAAAACAAAUAUAUAGUAUAGGGAGAUGAACCCCCCCACCACCCAAAAAAUGUUUUUAUUGUGAAUUUACUAAAUAUUGCCAUACUCUGCAGCCCCCUUUGAAUCUGGGGCAAUACAAUGUUUAAAUUACUUCACAUCAAAUGAAUGCCUAUCUUAACACACUUUUAUUGUAUUAAACAUGAAGAUUCUAUUGUGAAA